AUGGCAAGCGGAUUUUGGGUAGUGAUGACAGAUCGUGCCCGCUUGAUCUCGGCUUUCAUAACUCUCUUUGGGUUAUUUGAGUGGAAUCGAAUGUCUUUCGGCCUGAAGAAUGCGCCUCAGAUCUAUCAACGUAUGAUCGACAACGCGUUAUAUGGAUUCACCCGGAUCCCGAAGUCUGAAGAUCACAGAAGUAUUUUGGAUGUGUUUGAGGGCGGGGAACCGGUGGAUCCAGGCAAACCAUCGGUGCUUGGGCGUAGAUCAUAUAUCGAUGACAUCCUGAUCCCCGCCAAUAACUGGGAUCAACUAUGUGACCGAGUCGAGGGUUUGCUCGAAGCAUGUGAUAAGUGGAAUCUGUCGAUCAGUGUGGUUAAAAGUUUCUGGGUAACGCCCAAGGUAGAAUAUCUGGGUCAUAAGGUCUCGCACAAGGGACUGGAGGCAAACCCGAAGGAUCUGUCGGCACUAACUGAUCUAGCUUUUCCAGGGCGAUGCAGUCAUUUUUUGGGAAAUCUGAACUAUUACAGCCGGUUCAUUGAAGACUAUGCGAUUUACGACAGUACUGUAUGGAUCCGACACGAUCGGGAGCCAGGCUUCAUGUCUGAUUUCUUUAAGUCGUUCAACAAGAUCCUGAGACAACGCCAACGGGCUUCUAUGGCGUAUAGACACUAA